AACACGGCGAAUGGCUAUAAUCGAUUCACUAUCGACUCAUAGUGUAGUUUACGGAAUUAUAUUGUAUUUAUGUAUAAAACAAUAUAAAAAGGGGAUUUGUCAAAUUGAUUCCGUAACGUAAUUUACUACACACAUUUCAACGUAACCGACAGAACUUUUACGAAAUUCUAAGUGUGAAGGUUCAAAAGUUAUAGUUUCAUUCGAAAGUGAUUAUAUUUUUUAACAAUACUGAAUUGCCACUGUAUUAAAAUUUUUUUUUAAAUUAAAAGCAUAGAACGUAGUAAGCCUAGUUUUUUAAGUAGAAUAAAAGAAUAGAAAUAAUAGAAAAAAACCAACAAUGAAUAAUUUUAAUUUUGGAAAUCAGAUGUCACGUAGUGAGAUUUUUCAGCUGCUUUUACGAGUUUCAAUAGCAUCUGUAAUAACAUUCUAUUCAGUAAAAUGGAUGAUGAACCAAUUAGAUCCCACAAGUAAAAGUAAAAAGAAAGCUAGACAGCGUGCUGAAGACCAGUUAAGGAGGUUGAGCGCUCAGAGUGGCUUUAAAGUGAACGCACAACAGUUUAACGACUAUGAGCUGAUGAUUGCAUCACAUCUUGUAGUGCCUUCCGAUAUACCAGUUAGCUGGAGUGAUAUUGCUGGUUUAGAUAGUGUGAUAAAUGAGUUGCGAGAAACAGUUGUAUUGCCAGUACGCCAUAGGAGUCUCUUGAAUCAGUCCAAACUUUGGCAAGCGCCUAAAGGUGUUUUACUGCACGGACCACCUGGUUGUGGAAAAACUUUAAUUGCUAAAGCUACCGCCAAGGAAGCUGGUAUGCGUUUUAUUAAUCUGGAUGUAGCUAUUUUAACUGAUAAAUGGUAUGGUGAAUCACAAAAGCUUGCAUCAGCUGUAUUUUCGCUGGCAUCAAAAAUUCAGCCAUGCAUUAUUUUUAUAGACGAAAUUGAUUCUUUUUUACGGAGUCGAAAUACCAAUGAUCACGAAGCAACUGCUAUGAUGAAAACACAAUUUAUGAUGCUUUGGGAUGGUUUAAGCACAAAUUCAAAUUCAACCGUAAUCAUAAUGGGCGCAACUAAUAGACCUCAAGAUUUGGAUAAAGCAAUUAUGCGUCGGAUGCCAGCACAAUUUCAUAUCGGCUUACCAAAAGAAGAGCAACGUGUUCAAAUCUUAAAACUAAUACUAGAAUCUGAACAGGUAAAUGCGGAUGUGGAUUAUCAACGUUUAGCUAAAUUGACUGGUGGUUUCUCCGGAUCUGAUUUACGGGAAAUGUGCCGCAAUGCAUCAGUGUAUCGAAUGCGUGAAUAUGUACGUUUUACCGAUGAAGAAUCGCGGGUAACUGACACUGAAGCAGAAGCAGAAGCAGAAACAAGUUCCAGUGGAACGAGAGAGCGAAACGCUUACCAAAUUCAUAAUAUGUUGGUUAUAGACAUGAAUGAUUUAAUGCGCUCACUUGACAAAAUAAAGGAAUCAAAAAUGCAUACUGGUCAUGUAUUUAUGGAAAAUCGAAUAGAAUUGGAUUAACGCUUUUUUUAGCUGAUUAAGGGAAUUAUAUACAAAGAUUUAUUAUGUAUUAAGAAUUUUUAAACAUUAUUGAUAAAUAAUGUAUAUGCGUAUUUCUGAAUAAAGUUCAUAUCCCCUACAUUUUCAAAAUCUUUAAGUUGAAUGUGUAG